CAUCCAAAACCUCGUCCCACCGAGCGACAGCCUUCCCGCUGCCCGAAUCCCAAAUCCCGCCCGCCUGCUGCCAAGCUGGGCUCUGCAAAAAUGAUGCCGGGCCAGCACGUCUACGGCCACCACCAAUACCCCCAGGCCGACUCGGCCUGGAUGCACCAGCAGCAGACAUCGCACCAGCAGCACACGUCACACCAGCACCACGCCCAAGCUGCCGCCGCCGCCGCCAAUGUCGCCCAGCAGCAGCACUACAACCGGCUCGCCGGCGCCCACAACAGCGUCAAUGCCCUGACCGCCUCCCAUACUCAAGACAACAACCCCAUCGAGACGUCCGUGUCCGAGGACAACCGCCGCACCCUCCAGUACAUUGCCGACCUCCUCAGCGAGAACACACGCGAGGCCGCCCUCCUUGAGCUGAGCAAGAAGCGAGAGCAGGUGCCCGAGUUGGCCCUGAUCCUCUGGCACUCAUUCGGUGUUAUGACGUCUCUGCUCCAGGAGAUCAUAAGUGUUUACAACCUUCUAAACCCGUCCCAGCUCACGGCCCCGGCUUCAAACCGCGUGUGCAAUGCAUUGGCUCUUCUGCAGUGUGUCGCAUCGCACAACGAGACGCGUACCCUGUUCCUCAGCGCGCACAUCCCCUUGUUCCUCUAUCCAUUUCUCAACACCACCUCCAAGUCACGGCCGUUCGAAUACCUCCGCCUGACCUCCCUCGGAGUCAUUGGCGCACUUGUUAAGAAUGAUUCAUCCGAAGUUAUUAAUUUCCUCCUUACCACCGAAAUCAUCCCUUUGUGUCUGCGCAUCAUGGAGACGGGUUCUGAGCUCAGCAAGACCGUUGCCAUCUUCAUCGUUCAGAAGAUUUUGCUUGACGACAAUGGCCUCAACUAUAUCUGCGCCACGUACGAACGUUUCCAGGCGGUCGGCACAGUCCUCAGCAACAUGGUGAAUCAGCUGGCUGAGCAGCAAACGGUCAGGCUGCUCAAGCAUGUUGUGCGAUGCUUUCUGCGACUCAGUGAUAACGCUCGAGCACGUGAGGCGCUUAGACAGUGCCUUCCGGUACCUCUCCAUGACCAGACCUUCACUUCGGUUCUUCGCGACGAUGCAGCAACUAAGCGUUGUCUGACUCAGCUCCUGAUAAACCUGUCGGAUAGUGUAGUCGAACCCACCAGCAGUCAACUUGGAAUUUGAAACAACCUAUGCACAUUCAGCUUUGGAAGGGAGCAACCCAAGCUGACGAAGGAACGUGUUCAGCAACAGGCAAAGGAACUGUGGAAUUGCCGCGGUUUCAAGCAAUAAAGGAGAGGGGAUCCCCAAAACAGAGCCCGAGUCUCUGAGGCCCCUGUUCAGAUUUUCGCCUUCUUACCUCUCCCCAACCCGUCAACUACAAGCCCAUUUGCUUAAGCAACGGCCGACUAGACUCUCUCUCUAGUUUCGCUUUUCUGGUUGCGACGACUACGAUGACAAGGGAAAAGGGUUUUUUUUUGGGACGGAGU